UUGAAGCCACGACGGAUCGGCUAACCGUUUGUGAGGAUGACACGGCACGGCAAGAACUGCACUGCAGGGGCUGUCUAUACCUACCACGAGAAGAAGAAGGACACAGCGGCUUCAGGCUAUGGGACCCAGAACAUUCGACUGAGCCGGGAUGCUGUGAAGGACUUUGACUGCUGCUGUCUCUCGCUGCAGCCCUGUCAUGAUCCUGUGGUCACCCCAGAUGGCUACCUCUAUGAACGGGAGGCAAUUCUGGAGUACAUCCUACACCAGAAGAAAGAGAUUGCCCGGCAGAUGAAGGCCUAUGAAAAGCAGCGAGGAGCCCGCAGGGAAGAGCAGAGACAGCUCCAGCGAGCAGCAGCCGAGGACCAAGCUCGAGGCUUCCUGGAGAAGGAGGCAGCCAUCGUGAGCCGGCCCCUCAACCCCUUCAUGCCCAAGGCUGCCACCUUACCCAACACAGAUGGUGAGCAACCAGGGCCCAGCACGGGCCCCCCAGGGAAGGAGAAGGACAAAGUGCUGCCCAGCUUCUGGAUUCCCUCACUUACGCCCGAGGCAAAGGCCACGAAGCUGGAAAAACCAUCCCGCACCGUGACCUGCCCAAUGUCUGGGAAGCCACUACGCAUGUCAGACCUGACGCCGGUGCGCUUCACGCAGCUAGACGACUCCGUGGACCGCGUGGGGCUCAUCACACGCAGUGAGCGCUACGUGUGUGCAGUGACCCGAGACAGCUUGAGCAACGCCACGCCGUGUGCAGUGCUGCGGCCCUCUGGGGCUGUGGUCACUCUGGAGUGUGUGGAGAAACUGAUUCGAAAGGACAUGGUGGACCCCGUGAAUGGGGACACGCUGACAGAGCGCGACAUAAUCGUGCUGCAACGGGGCGGGACAGGCUUUGCAGGCUCAGGAGUGAAGCUGCAGGCGGAAAUGUCCCGGCCGGUGAUGCAGGCCUGAGCUAUGACCUAAUAAACCUGCCUGUG